UUGUGUUGUUGUCUUUACAGCACGAUGCCAGUUGAUUACAGAAGAAUUGCAGGACCUGAAGUCACCCAGCGAGUCGUAGUUAGUGGAGAAAAAGCAUUAGAUAAAUCUCUGAUCGGUGGUGAUUGUUUACGAAGAGAUGGCCGGAAAACAGACGAACUUCGACCGAUCUUUUUGCGUUCAGGGGUAGUCAGUCAAGCGAGAGGCUCAGCAUACAUUGAAAUGCAGAACACCAAAGUUACAUGUGCUGUAUAUGGACCAAGAGAGUCACAAAGACAGCAAGAGUUUAGCAAAAAGGGAAAGCUGACUUGUGAGUUUAAGUUUGCACCAUUUUCAUGCUGGCAAAGGCGACAACACGUACAGGAUUCAGAAGAGAAGGAGCUAUCUACAUUUGCUGUCCGAGCUCUUCAGCCAGCAGUUUGCUUGGAUUUUUCGUAUUUAUUUAAUUUAAAUUUAUAACCAAUUUUGUUGUUUUCUGUAUAUACAGCUCUUUCUGCAGGAAUAAUUUGUGCAUCACUGGCAUUGGGAGAGGCUGGAAUAGAAAUGUAUGACCUAGUCUCUUCUUGUUCUUUGGUGCAGAAAGGUGACACAUCACUGGUGGAUCCCACAUUUCAAGAGACUUCAUCAUCAGAUAUUGAUGGGAGGGUUACUGUGGCAUUUCUUCCCACCAUGAAUGUUGUGUCUGGUUUGUCACAAGAUGGUGAAAUGACCCAGGAUCAGUCCACUAAGGCCAUAAAGUGUGGCAUGGAAGGUUGUGCAAGAAUUUUACCAGUUCUUCAAGAAGCCCUUGUUGACACUAUAAAGCGAACUGCAAAUUCCAACUGUAAAAGCUAAUUUGAAAGUGUACUGGAGUAUCUAUGACAAGCUGAAAAUCCUAUCACGAGGGAAUAGUAGUGAACUUUAACAUGAAGGAUCUUUGCUCAAAGAUGAAACAUGUCUUCUGUUGUCAGAGAUCUACUCCUUAAGUUUGCUUUGGGAAGGAAACAGCGCUUACAUCUUUGAUACAAACAAUCCUUUUUUCCAGUACUUUAUCAACAAGCUUGAAGUUGGUCACAUGACUUUUUUUUUAAGUCACAAGAAAUGUUGCGUGACAUACCAAUGAACGCGUGGUUACUGAGUAAAGCACUCUUAAAACAUUCAGAUCCAAUGGCAUCCCAUUAUAAGACAAACACAAUUUCCAUAAGUGAAAGAAAUAACUGUACAGUAACAAGACUGCAUGUAGAUUGCAGGCUCAUUAUAAUUAUGUGUGUCAUGCAAUAAGUUGCAUAACCGCCAACAGGUUGCAAGGUUCUGAUGGGUGCAAAGUAAUUUACAGAAAUUAUUCCUCUAUUAGUUUUUCCUAUGUUGCAAGUGUGCAAAAAAUCAGCCUUGUUUCUUAGGGUAAACAGUUGCUUUUUAUUGUUUUUUCAUGUAUAGUCCAACAAAAGUCUUGCUCUAAGAGACUGUAGAUUUGUCAUUUAUUGAACAAAGGUAUUCAUUGCAGCACAAAGAGAACAAUAUUAAAUGCAGUGUGCAUAACAUAUCAUAAUAGAUAAAUUUGAACUUAAUUGAUAAUCAA